UCUGCCUUUACAAUUACCGGCUUGACUGUCCUCUCUCAGUCUCCUGCUGCGCACACGAGUGCGUAUACGCAUGUGACACUGUAUUCACGCUGCCUACAGCUACGAUUUCUGCCCCUGGAAGCCUUACAUAUGACGUCUUAUACGACGUCUAUAUGACGCAGCCCCUCUUGCCGCCUUCCUGCUCUUUAUUUUAAUGUUCCGUGCGGGGUAGGCAAAACUGUAUUGUUCAGUGACGAUGUUUACGCGUUCGACGCACAUAUCCCUCCAGUGUCCAGUAUCCAGUGUCCCUCCAUCAUCGCAUGGUGUGCAGGUCAAUGAGCAAAAGAAAAAAAAUAUAAAAAAGCAAAAAAAAAAGCAAAAGAAAAACUGUCGCGUAGACAGACUCUUCACAAUCGCGUUGGCUUUGCGAAGCCGCGUCCAAGAAAACGUUCGAGCCAAACGUUAUCCUUCUGAUCGUAUAACCUGAAAUAGAAAGUGAAGCGCUGUUGCUUGCGAACCGGAAAAUUGUGUACAGCUGGCGGCACGCGAACAUACGCCCGCCCACAAGCGGAACAUUCUGUGGCGGAUCGCUUGUCGGCUGUAUUCCGACGCGAGAGGAAUUUCCCGCCCCGUGUCCUCGUCGCGUGCCGCGUCACAAACACGUGUUCCUUGCAUCACAUGGUGCGCGCCGCCCCGCGCGAACGACGGUGCGUUGCAGCGAGGCGGAAAACUGGCAUAAAACAGGCGCGGCGCGUUCAGCUGCUACUGACCGUAAAAAUAUCGAAUGGGAUGCGAAAUGUGUAAGCGCUCAGGGAGAACAUGCACGUGACUGCAACAACAGCGCGCAGUAUCUGCCUUUGUCCGAAACUUGUUAUCACGCAGGGCGCCGCCCUCUCACGUGCUUCGCUGUUUGAACGGAGCGAGCGGUCUGCAAACCGAUAUGUGCGAUGCACUGUUUCGCGUCGACGCCGCGUGCAGGCCGUGACAAGCGAUGACUGCGGUGUUCAUGGACGGCGGCUAUCACGAUUCGUCGAUCGAGGACCUACCGCCGGGCGGCAGCUCCGUCACAGACGGCUUCGACGAGAAACUGAGCCGCUACUUGGAACGCUACAGCCUCGGGUCGUCGAUCAACGUUAGCGGCGAGUGCGACAGCGUAGCGAGUCACGUCGAUCCCUCGGAAACAUGUGCGCGCGACGGUGUUCACGAGGAACUGACACGCCGGCCACAUGCCAUGGAGCGUUACAUGCGGCUCAAGCUGCAACGAUUCUUCAUGAAUCCGCUGGAGAAGUGGCGCCACAGAGGUCGCUUCCCUUGGAAACUGACACUGCAGAUAUUCAAACUAGUAGUGGUGACUGCGCAGGUAAUCUUGUUUGGCUUGGAAAGCGCCAACUUUCAGCGCCAGCAUCGGAACACUUACAUGGCUCUCGAGCACAUUCUGCUGAACGGUUGGGACACGUCGCGGGAUGUGCUCAUUUAUCCGCCUCCCGCGGGACCGUACGUGGUGGAAACUAAAGACAAGUUCUACCAGCACAUCAGAAACGUCGUGGUCCGGUACAGCAGUAUAACGACUGAUCCGGUGGGCACUUUCGAGUACGCCUCACCAGACGGCUCUCUGCAGCCAGCCAUCUACUGCGAAACUACGUACAAGGAUGGCCGGGUCUGGCCAUUCAACUCUACGCUUAGUUUUGACAGUGAAACUGUUACCAACUGCACAAACAUUACCUCUCGUACGCCUGGCGGCGACUGGGAAGACUUCGACUUGGUGAAGUUCCUGGGCAGACAAGUCUCCUUCGAUGAACUGAUCAAGGCUAGAAUUUCGUUUUCUCUUAAGGCACUGUACUUGACGAACACAGACGGGGCAAGGUUCUCAGAGUGCUACGAGUACCAUUUAUCCGUCGUUUACGAUAACUCAAAGCAUGAUGGUGUGAUCGCCAUCCAAAUGCAUCUGUCCCCUAGCUGUGCCCAGUGCCGCAAGAGCGCCCCUAGCAUGGUACCACCUAUGGCUUAUACGCUGCACCAGUGUCUAAAUGUCCUCAUCAUAGUAACCUGCGCUUUGUCAACGCUCUUGUGCAUCCGAUCGCUCUACAAAGGCCACAAACUGAUGCGGAAGACGUCGGCAUAUUUCACCGAGUACUUAUGCCGAGAACUCUCGUGGAGCGACAAGAUAGACUUCAUUGACUUUUGGUUCAUGAUGAUCAUAGUGGAUGACGUGCUGCUGGUAGCUGGAUCUGCUGUCAAGAUCCGCAUUGAAGAGCGGCUAGUCCCGAGCCUGAUGUACACCGUGUGCUCAUUGCUGCUGGGUUGUGGGUGCCUCUUGUGCUGGUGUGGGUUACUCCGCUACGUAGGUUACUUUAGGGUGUACAAUGUCCUCAUCCUCACAUUGAAGAAAUCGGUCCCUAACGUCAUUCGCUUUUUGCUGUGCACUAUGCUUCUGUUUUGCGGCUACGUCGUCUGUGGAUGGGUUGUCAUUGGCCCGCAUCACAUAAAGUUUCGGACGGUGUCCACCGCCGCCGAAUGUCUGUUUUCGAUCAUCAAUGGAGACGAUAUUUUUGCGACUUUUGCCAUGCUCUUCGAAGGAAAUGACCAGAUUAUAUGGUACUUCGCGCAGGCCUAUAUGUACAGUUUCGUGAUCCUGUUUGUCUACGUCGUGGUCAGCCUGUUUGUGGCCAUUUUUGUCGACGCAUACGAAACCAUACGCGAUGCACAAGCCAAAAAUGAUCAACCAAGUGCCAUGUGGGUCUUCAUUGCAGAGUCCAGCGAUGAGCCCACUAGCAGCGCGUACCGGUCUGACGACGAGCUUGAAAAGCUGUGGCCAUUGUCCCGCGAGCUAUCUUGAUAGAAAAGGAUGUGUACAUAGUGUAUUUACAUAUACUGUGAUGAUAUAUCAGAGCCAAAUAAGAUGCACUGUAGCAAAUUAUUCUUUCGUCAGUUUGCCUGGCAACGCUGAGAGCGCACGUGAGCAGUCGGAACAGCCUGUGUCAACCUGGCCUGCACUGCGAUCACGGUGUAGGAAUAUAUUGUGGUUAUGAUCCAGUUGCGUAAUUCAGGAGCAUGUUCGGAAGAUAAGGUUGCCAGCUGUGCAGAGACUUCUGCAGCUUUAGAUCUGUUUUGUGCCUUGGCAUGCGAUCACAUGCUCAGUUGAGAGUUUGCAAACAAACAUUCUUGGCAGGUGUGUUACUGGCUACAACAGGUAACUAGAGUGAUAUGAAGUGCUGAAAAUUAUGUGCUGAAAUUAUGAAGUGCUUUUUUAUAACUUCAUUAAACCGUUUAACAAGUG